AGUCGCCACCAUGGCGGGCCUGCGGAGGAAGCUGGAAUUCUUCUACGAUUUGUUGUCCCCUUAUUGUUGGCUAAGCUUCGAGGUCCUGUGUCGAUAUCGGAACAUCUGGAACAUAAACCUGCAGCUGCGCCCAACUUUCCUAGCAGGGAUAAUGAAGGACACUAAUGUGGAGGAAUACAUGAAGGACAUUGGGAACCUAUGGCCUUUACUUGCACCUCAAAAAAAUAAAUACCUGAGUAAGGAACUCCAGUACAUGGCGAAGUUUUACCAAGUUCCCCUUGUGAUUCCCAAGGAUCUUCGAGGAGUGAUCAUAGAUAAAGGGAGCCUGGAUGCCAUGCGAUUCCUCUGUUCUGUCGAAAUGGAGAACCCUGAGAUGUUGGAGAAAGUGUCUAGAGAGCUGUGGAUGCGCAUCUGGUCACAGGAUGAAGAUAUCACGGAACCCAAGAGCAUCCUGAUUGCUGCAGAGAAAGCAGGAUUUUCUGAAGAACAAGCUGAAUUUCUUCUGAAAAAGUGUUCAACUGAAGAGGUGAAGAAGAAGCUAAGGGACACUACAACUGCAGCCUGUAGACAUGGGGCCUUUGGGCUACCCACCAUAGUGUUCAACGUGAAUAAAAAAUCCCAAAUGCUUUUUGGUUCUGACAAGCUGGAGCUGCUGGCCCACCUAAUAGGGGAACAGUGGCUGGGCCCAGUGCCCAAAACUGUGAAAGGCAAACAAACUCUCAGAAAAUGAAUAGAAGGAGAAGCUGCCCAACGCUAGCAGUCAGGCCCUUCCUCCCCACAAUGCUCCCUUCAUGGACUCCAGUAUGCUAGGGUUCUUCAAUCCCAUAUUCUCAUGUUUGUGAGAAAAAGGUAUGGUAUUCUGAACCUACAACCCUGAGAUUGCCCUAUUCCUUUUGCUCACAAGUGCCUUAAGUAGGGCUACAACCUUCACUGUUACAACAAAAUAAAUUCCCCAGUGGGGAAGAGCUUUGUGUUUUCACUAA